CUUGGUAACUACUCUGAAAGAAACCUAUUUUGCAUUGGCAUCUACUUGAGCCAACAUGAGAGCUCUACUUUUCUUCUACCAAUUUUGGGCACUGAUCCUUUACUGCUGUGGUGCACCUAAUUCACAAAAGCAGUGGUUAAACUCAUUGAAACCAAUGAUUGACCCACUGUUUGUGCCCAAUGACUUCCCAUGGCUAGUGUCCAUGUCUGAAACCUGUCAGGGUAUUAUUCUGAGUCGGUGGUGGAUCCUUUCUACAGCCAACUGUCUAACUAAACUAAAACAUUUGCAAUCUGACACCACAGGAGUUGUUAACCAGGAAAAUAUUUUACUUGGCUAUAAGAUAUGUCUACACCCCAAUUUUGACCCGCAAGUUGGAACAAAUCCAUUCCAAGGAGACAUAGGGUUGGUCCUUCUGAAAUACCCUGUCAGGAGUGAAGAAAUACCACUUUCUCACACUUAUAAUAUCUUCCGGAAGAGGUGUUAUAAUUGCCAAUACAGACACUGCAGAGUAUAUCAAUAUCAGAAUCAUGAUAAAUUUGCAACCAAUAUCAGGAAGUUGUCAGUUAAGCUACUGGACCUCUCAUUCUGCCACCGUCAACAUAUCCACCUGACUAAAAGUAACAUCUUAUGCAUUUGGAUUCAGCCACAGGAAGAUUGUUGGGUACAACAGGGUAGUCCUGUUCUUUGUUUCUUUGGCACCCACUGGGAAAUAGUAGGCCUUGUCAAUGAAUCUUCAGUGGCCUGUAAUGACCCUGUUGUUGUCAUCAAGACAGCACCAUAUCGAUCUUGGAUGAGAUGGCUUAUGAAGGCUUCCCAGAAGCCAUCGGAUCCUAUUUUAUCCCUAUCAUGCAGUUAUUUUCCUGGGGUAAAAAGUGGAACACAAGACAGGCUUAGCCUGAACAGAAUUCCUGCCAUUUUAACAUCUCAUGGAUUAUCCAUACAACCAUGGAAAGGAAGAUUAGGGACGUUCCCACUGGUUAGACAGCACCGAAAUCCUCCACCGGUAUUUUUUGGUUCAAAUAAUAGAAAGACUUUUCCUGGCAGCACACAGUUAUAUCUUCAAAAUAGUCAGAUCUCCACAUCUAACAAAUUCCCAUGGACCUCCAUUGUUGCUAGACUCUGGGAUACUUUGGAUAUAACUGAACCCUGGAGUAGUUCAGGAACUGGCAGUUUUGAACCUUUGGUUCUUUCUGGCCCCCAAAAAAUUUCAUCAGCUGAUAUAUCUAUACCAUGGGGCUUUCCUCAAAAAGAUGUGAUAAAAUAUCAACAUCAAACUGUGACUGAAUCGGUUAAACCUCUAGUUGGUAUAAUUGGGUUUCAUACCUUACCAUUACUUAAUGCUGGUGGAUCUUGGGUACUGUUUUCAACUGACAUAGAUGCAUCCCAACUUCAUUCUGAGAUUAAAACUGCCCAGUCACAAAUUACUAGAUUUAGUAAUCUCCCAUUCCACAGUCAACUGCCAGCAAAACCCUGGCUAGAAAUUACCCCUAAUGUUGGAUCCUGGAUACAUUUUAUGCCUGAUAAAACAGUAAUUCAUAUGCAGUCUAGUGAAGAGAGUGUUAUAACCCAAACAUAUGAUGCAACUGAGAGAGUUAACUCUAUUUUUAAACCAGUAACCUACAGUCUGCAUUCAGGGGUACCUUUAAUAGCUAAUAAAAUUGAGUUUUGGACUCAUUCCACAUUAAACACAGAAGGAUUGCAAUACCCUACAGCAGCCCAUACCUUGGAAACCUGGUUUCAGCCAAUCUUAAAUACAAUUGGAGCUCAAGGAUCUAUAAAGAGGACAAACAAAUACUGGAUUCUUCCUGAAUCUAUGUCGACUCAAUUUUCGACUUCCUCAGCACUUUACGUGCCAUUUACUUGGGUUCCACCUGCCUACAAUAGUAUUAGUUCUUGGGCCCAAUAUAAGGUCAGCAUGAUCAGAUCUUCAAAUCAAAUGGAAAGCAUCACUCCAUUGAGUAAACAUAAGCCUUUUAUAUUCAAACCCCAGAUGCAGACUGAAUAUGCACCCUGGCUCUUAAUUAAUACAAUUAAGCCUUUCAUUCAUUCUAAAAUUGAUACAGUUGGACCCUGGAUUCAAUCUGAAACUGAAAUAGUUAGGCCAUUAGCUCAGUCUGAUACUGGCAGCAAACAACUAUGGACAAACCCUGGAGCUUCAAUAUUUAGACACUGGACACAAUCUAAACUUAAUUUGGUCAUGCCAUUCACAAAACCUGAUGUUGAUACAGUCAGACUUUGGUUACAGAGGCAAACUGAUACAAUUAGAACCUGGAGUCAACCUGAAUCUCAAAAAAUAAAUUCUUGGUCUAGGUCAGAAGCAGAGAGAGUAAAAUUUUGGCAUGAUAGCCAGAUGGACACAUUUAAACCUUGGGUGGAAACAGAACUUCAAAGAGCCAACACCUGGUCUCAAUUUGAAGGAGAUGUACCUAGAGCUUGGACUAAGUCUGAGGCUAAUAAUGUCAAACUUUGGUUCCAGAAACAAAUGGAAACAGUCACACUUUUGACAGAGCUAAUAACCCAAACUGCCUACCACUGGAUACAGUCUGAAACAGAAAUAGUCAGGCCCUGGAGCCAAUCUGCAUCUGAUAAGGUAAGAAUGUGGACACAACAUGAAGCUUACACAAUCAGGCCAACUUGGGACGAAUAUGAUGGUGAUAAUGAUAGAUUAUGGACACCACUUGAAGCUGUCACAAUAAGACACUCAAUUCAGUCAGAUGAUAGUAUAAUUAUCCCAUCGGUACAAAAUGAGGCUGGUACAUUAAUAUCAUAUACUCAGACUGAAUCUCCAGAGGUAAAUUCCUGGACACAAACAGAAACAGAGACAGCCACAUUGUUGACCCAGGGUGAAAAACAGCAGUAAAGCUUUGGUUAGAAAUAGUAACUGAGACUAUUACAACAUGGGCAGAGUCUCAAUUUUCAGAACUUAAUUCCUCGAAACUUUCUGUAUCUAAUAUAGUUACUCUAUGGACUCAGACUGAAUCCCCUGUUCUAAAUCUCUGGCCGCAACCUGUAGCUGAUACAUUUGUACCAGGGGUCAAGGAUAUACCUUCAGAAAUGAACCCCUGGUCAAAAACUAUACCUAAUACAAUCACAACAUGGACCCAGCCUGAAUCUAUAGCAAUAAAUACCUGGAGUCAGUCUGAAAGUGAUACAGUUAUACCGUGGCCCCAGCCUGAGUCUGUAGCAAUAAAUCCUUGGACACAGUCAAUAGCUGAUACAGUAACACAGUGGAUUCAAGAGGAAUCUGCAGAAAUAAUUCCAUGGACGAAAAUUGUUUCUGACCAAAUUUUACCAUGGACACAGACUGAAACACCAGUAAAUCACUGGCUACAGUCUGAAAUGGAUAAACUGUAUCAGACCAGCCUCAGCCUGGGUCCAUCCCCAACAGAACCUCUCUGGAUUGAAACUUUAUCUGGUACAGAUACACAAUGGUCCCAAGCAGAUUCUCUAGUUGUCAUUUCACAGACACAAAUUCUAACUGAUACAGUCACACUGUAUAUGCAGGCUGAGACUCCAUCAUUCCAUUCCAGGACAAUGUCUGAAACUGAUACAGUCACAACAUGGACCUCAGCAGAAUCUUUAGCUGUAAGUUCUUUGAAAGAAUGUGAAACCGAGAGUGUUUCUACCUGGGUCAAGAAAGGAUAUCCAAAUGUAAAUUUCUGGACACAACCUGAAAAUGACACGGUCACAUCAUGGGCCCAGGUAGAAACUCCAGGAAUAAAUUCCUUCACACAUUCAGUAGUUGACAUGGUCCCACCAUGGACCCAGUCUGAAUCUUCAGUAGUAAAUCUGUGGACACAAUAUGUAGUUGAUGUGGAUACACUCUGGAUGCAAACUGGUUCCCCAGCAGUAAAUCCCUGGACAAAGUCUGUAUCUGAUGGUGGUGUACAGUGGACACAGAAUGAACGUGAAGCAGUAAGUCAGUGGACACAGACUGCAUCUGAUAAGGUAAUAUCUUUUGCUCAGGCUGAAUUUCCUAUAGUAGAGUCCUUGACAAAUACUGUAACUGACAUAGUCACACCGUGGACUGAAGUUGAAUCUUCAGCAGUAAAUCCUGGGACAGAGGUUACAGCUGAUGCAGUGACACCUUCGAACCAGCCAAUAUAUCCUUCAGUAACUCCUUGGGCAACACGUGAAACUGACAUUCUCUGGACCCAUGCAAAUUCUGAUAUAAUAAAUCUCUUCACAGAGACUGUAUUUCAUACACUUAUAUUGUGGACUCAAGGAGUUAUAUUAAAUCCCUGGGCACAGCUUGAAACUGAUAUAGUCACACCAUGGACCCAACCUGAAUCUCCACCAAUAAGUUCCUGGGCCUGGUCAAAAACUAAUCCAGUCACAUCAUGGUCUGAGAAUAAAUAUGCAGUAUUAAAUCCAUGGACACAGAUUGAAGCUAACACAUUUGCACCAUGGUCUCAGCCUGAAUUUGGAGCAGUAAAUUCCUGGAUACAUCUUGAAAAUGACAUAGUGACAACAUUUAUUCAGGGUGAAUCACAAGUAUUAAAUCAUUCACCAAUGGUUGUAGCUGAUGCAAUGAGAGCAUGGACCCAGGUUGACUCUACUACAGUGAAUCCUGGGAUGCAGGCUGAUAAUGACAAAGUCACACUGUGGACCAAGAGUGAAAGUCUAGCUACAUAUCACUUACCUAUAUCUGUAACAGAUACAGUUACAGUGUGGAACAUGGCAGCAAUUAUAUCAGUAAAGUCUUGGCCACAUUCUGUUACCGAAACUGGCACACAGUGGACCCAAAAUGAAUCUCCCUUAGUAUAUCCCUUGACACAAUCUAUAAUGAAUUCAGUCACACUGAUUACCCAUACAAUUAAUCUAGCAAUAAUUCCUGGAAUGAACCUUAGUGCUACUGCAGUCAAACCAUGGACCCAGGUGGAAUCUGCAAAAGAGAAUGGAUGGACUGUUUCUGAAACAGGCAUACCAUGGACCAUGGAGAGUUCCCCAAUAAUAAAGCACAUGAUGGAGACUCUAUCUAAUACAAACAUAACAAGAAUCAAAUCUGAAUUUUCAGAAAUAAAAAUUUGGACAUCACCAGGGGCAAGAACAGACCCACUAUGGACUCAAGCUGAAUCUCCAACAGUAAAUCCCUGGACACAGUCUCAAGUUCAUAUAGUUACAAAAUGGACACACAUUGACCCUCCAACAAACAUUUUGACUCAGGCUAAAUUUGCUGCAAUUAAUAUGUGGACACAGUCUGAAUUACCAACAAUAAUUACUUUCACAGAGUCCAGAUUACCAGCCAUAUAUCCAUCAAUACAGAUCGAGGGUACAGUUACAUCAUCAAUGAGGGCUGAAUUUCUAGCAAUAAAUCCUUGGACAGAGAUUACAGCUACCACAGUUACACUGUGGAUUCAAGCUGAAUAUCCAAUAGUAAAUCCAUGGACAGUCUCUGAAAAUGAUACAGCUAAACGGGGAAUAGUGGCAGAAUCUCCAUCAAGUUUCUUGACAAAAUCUGAACAACAUAGGAAACCACUUUGGACACAGACUGAAUCUCCGAUAAAUCCAAUGAUGCAGGAUAUAGCUAAUAUAUUCACAAUGUGGACCAAGACUGAAUCUCUAGCAUUAAAUCCCUGGACAAAGAAUAUAGAAGAUACAUUCACAGUGCAAACUCUGAAUAAAUCCCCAACAGAAAAUUACUGGACAGAUACAUUAGCUUCUACACUAUGGACUCAUUAUGAAUCUCCGACAUUAAACCCAUGGACACAGGCUGUAACAUCUACAUUCACACAAUGGAAUCAGGUUGAAUCGCCAACAGUAAAUUCCCAGGAAGAGACUUUAGUUUCCACAUUUGCACCAUGGAUUCAAUUUGAAUCACCAAGAGUUAAUUCCCAACCAGGAAAUAUAGUUUCCACAAUGGCAUGGUUGAAUCAGGAUGAAUCUCCAAUAACAAUUCCUUGUACAGAGGCUGUCAUUUCCAGAGUCACAUUAUGGAUCCAAGAAUCUGCAGUAGGAAAUUCCUGCCCACAGACUAUAGCCUCUAUAACAACAUUGCACACAGAAAUCCCCUGGUCAGAUAUUAUAGAUGCCACAGUUACAACAUGGAAUAAAACAGAGUCUUUAGCAGAUAAAGUAGCAUCCAUAGUCACAAUAUGGUCUCAAGAUGAAUCUCCAGCAGUAAAUCCCAGAACAUACAAUUUAGUUUCCACAGAUGCACCAUGGAACAAGGUAAAAUAUGUAACAAUAAAUUACUGGACAUUGGACCCAUCUUCCACAGUCAUACCAUGGAUUCAGACUGAAUUUCCUGCACUAAAGAUAUGGACACAGACUUUAUUUUCUACUAUAUUGUCAUGGACUCAGGAUGAAUUUCCAGCUAAUUCUUUGACAGACACAGUAGUAUCCAUAGUUAUACCAUGGAAUCAUGCUGUAUCUCCAAAAAUAAAGACAUGGACAGAGACCCUAGCUUCUACACUCUCUCCUUGGAUUCACACUAUGUCUCCUAGAGUAGACACUUGGGCUGAGACUGUUUCAACAGUGACAUCAUGGACUCAGUCUCUAUCUUCAGCAUAUCCCUUGACAGUGAUAGUAUCCUCUACAGUCACAUGUUGGACUCAUUCUGAAUUUCCAGGAGUAAAUUCAUGCACAGAUAAUGUAAUUGAUGGAAUCAUAUUUUGGACAUUACUAAAAACUGAAUCUAAGAAAGAAUGGACACUGCCUGAAGCUAGUAUAUUUACUAUUUCAUUGCAUCCUCCAGUUGAUUCUACUGAACCUUUGAUUCAAAUUGAAAAACCAUCUCUUCUAGGGAUAUAUCCUGAAAUUAGUAAUAUACAGACAUUGCCUGUAUCUGAAAUGUUUAUAUCCUGGAUAGUACCUUUUACUCAAGCAGCCAUACUCUUGCCCAAACCUGAAGUUGAUGUUAGCAGAUAUUGGUUUAAAACUCAAACAGAAAGAAUGAAACACUGGACUCAAUCAGAGUAUCAAACAGUGAGUACCUUAACCCAGUUUGUUGCUGAAAGAGUUGAUUCAAUUACCCAAUAUGAAACGGAUCCACUUACAUCAUGGAUUCAAACUAAAACUGGUAUAUCCCAUCCCUGGAGCCAAUUUGAAAGAAAUACAAUGAGAACUUCAUUUUUUUCUGACUCUGAUGCAGUAAGACCAUUGAUCCAAACUGAUCCUGGUAUACUUACCCCAUGGAUUCAUUAUAGCAAUAGUAUAGUCACAUCCUGGACCAGGGUUGAUUCUAAUGCUGUCAGCCUCCAGACACAAACUGAAGUUAAUACAGUAACACAAUUGACUCAGGCUGACAUGAGUGCAGUGAAACACUUGACUAUGACUGUCAUUAAUAAUGCCAUUCCUUGGUUCCAGAAUCAACCUGAUACAAUUAGACCAAGAACUCAACUUGAAUCUCAAAUAAUUACUAAUUUGGUCCGACUAGAAUACCAAUUUGAUCAUUCAUGGGUCCAACCUGACGCCAAGGCGAUCAGACCCUUGGCCUAUUUUGAAAUUCAUGAAACAAAACCAUGGCCCCAAUCUGAAUCUCAAGUAGUCAGUAACUUGACUGAAGUAGAUACAGCCACAUUUUGGGCCCCAAUUCAAAAUGAUGCAAUUGGUCCCUGGUCCCAAACUGAAACUCAAAUGACAUGUUCUGUGAUUCCAAAUGAAGUUGGUAAAAUAAGCCCUCAUAUUCAGCCUGAAACUAGUUUAAUAACGUCCUGGACAGAUAUUCAAAGUAGUAAAGUUCAACCAUGUAUUCCACUUGAAACUGCUAUAACCAGACCAUGGGCCCAAUAUGAAACUGUAGAAAUCAACCCCUCAAUUCAACUUGAAGCUGAUGCAGCAUUAAGACCUUGGCUCCAGACUCAAAUGAAUUCAGUCUUUUCUGAAUUUGAUACACUUAUAUCAUGUUUACAGACUCAAGGUGCUACAACUAGGCCCUGGAUUCAACAGUCAGUCAGUCCCUGGACUCAGACUGAAGUUGGUAUAAUUCUGUCAUGUACUCAGCAAAGAGCUUUAACAGAUCAAGCAUGGAUCCAUCCUGAAUCCCAAGAAAUCAAAUCCUGGAUCAAGUUGGAAGCUGAUACAGUCAAAUCUUGGUUGCACAGUCAAAUGAAUAAAGUGGGACCAUGGGUCUAUUCAAAAUCUCAGGUAGUUAGUGCUCCAGUUCAGCCCGAAGAGGGCGUAAUUCACCCAUGGAUCCAUUCUGAAUUUCAAGCAGAUCAACCCUGGACCCACUCUGAAACUGACUUCAUUGCAUCUGCUGCUCUUCCUAAAUCUGACAGUGUCAGUGUAAGGAUCAAACCUGAGAUACAAAUAAGGAAUAACACCCACUAUGAAGGUGGUAUAAUUACUUUAUUUGGGUCUUGGUCUAAAUCUGUGCCUUUUUUACCAAAAGAAACUGUUUCAUUGCCAGAUGAGUAUUUUACGACUAUGUCAACUGAGAUAGCUGCAACAGAAAGCCAACCUAAACUCCAAUAUUUUCACUCCAGUGAAUUCACUAACAGUUUCCUCCUUACCCUUCCAAGUCUUUGGCUUCCUGAAAGAGUUGAUUACUUGAACCAUGGCAGUAAAUUACAAAUCACCAAAACAGAAGGAAGUUCUUAUAUGGCAACUACUUCACCUAGUCUUCUCUCCCCAUCCCUUUCCUUUCUUACUCCAUUUUCUCUCCAGUCCUCAUAUACAUUUUCCCCAUCUUGUUCAAUAUUUUCUUGCACAUUCUCUUCAUCUGGUAUUUCCCAAUCUUGUUCCAUUCAUUCUUCCAUGGCUUUCUUCUCUCCUACUCUCCUUCCCU